GUUUAUAUUUUUUGAAUUACAUCAAAAAGGAAUAAUGGAAUACAAUAACUAAAUAUUUAUUUUUGCUUCAAAUUAUUUAUAAUUGUAUUAAGCUGUAGUACGAUUAUAGAGUUGCUACAUUUUUUGUGUUUAUUUUUUAUUUUCGAAUUUUAAUCGAAAAAAUAUGGCUUCCAAUAAAAAAUGAAGUUUCCCUGAAAAUGCCAUAAAAAUGUAUAGUUUGUUAAUUUUUAAUUUAAUAUUAGGAAUAGUAGGCAAGGUAUCAUGCAACUUACGACUACAGAUUUUGAAAAACACCAAUGACUUCCUCUCGCCAGUGUCCGAUACAGUUGAAGAAAAAGUGGGCACAUCAUUUUCAUUAAUUUGUAUGUUGAUUGCUACCAAUGAUACCAACUCCAAUCUCAUCGAUGACAAUUUGUCAUGGAUAAGAACAGAAAGUUUAUCAAAUCAAACCAGGAUAAAAAAGACAAUUUCUAGCAAUCCAGGCAUCAACAAAUCAGAAAAAAGGUUUGAUGCUCUCAAAGUGGACGAUGUUGGUACCUACUAUUGUGUUAGUAAGAAAUUCAACUUAUCAGUUGAUGUAACCAUUUCUGUUAUUGACAAUGACGUCAAACAAAACGAGUUCAGAUUCAUGCGAGAUCCAGUGUAUUGUAAUGAUCAGAUGUUUCAUUGCAAAUCUGAUGGAUUGUGCAUCAUAUCGCAUUAUGUCUGUGAUGGGAAGCCAGAUUGUAAAGAUGGGUCUGAUGAAACUAUAGAUCUGUGUCAUGGGGAACCUUGCAAAGAUAAAAUUCCUUGUGAAGAUGGGAGAUGUAUACCAACCAGUUGGUGUUGUGAUAGACACCUUGAUGUCAACUGCAUGGUGAUUAACAAGCACAUUUGUUGCCAAUCAAUGAUUCCUUCAGAAUCUUAUGAAGAGCUAGAAUCAGGAUAUCCUACUCUUGAUCAUAAUCAUCAUUUUGGAGCAAGAUAUUUGUUCAUAUCAGUAUGUAUUGUAAGUAUCCUUUUCUCGAUAGUCCUGCUCCUCCUGAUAGUCUCCAAGGUAGUGAUCUUCGCAAAGAAAACUGCACUUCAACAGCAACACCGCAAUUUUUGCGACGGCAUCAAUUUGAGGAACCAGACGAACGUGAACAUUAUCCGCGCUAAUUUCAACCCGACGAACAUUUACACUGUUGGAGGGAAUUCCCGUACGCCUCGGACGAAUAUCAUAAUCGACACAGAUGCGACAGAUCCUCUGUUGUUCAAUGGAAGGUUCAACAUCAACUCGGGACUCGGUGAACAGCCACCCUCCUAUGUGGACGUGGUCAGAAGCAAUAGGUUAAUAAGUGAACCUCCUCCUCCAUAUACUAGCAGGGAAAUACUUAACGACCAAGAAGAGACAACUACAACGUCUAUGAGGAGUUGAAAUGUUCUUUCAAGUAUUCUAUCGGUAUUUUUAGAUUUGUAAGGAUUAAUUUAGUUGGGAGUAUCUGCGAAUAAAAAUCCGCUUUUCUAUGCUUUAAGGGAGCACUCGGCAUUUUAAAAGCUUAUUAUACAUGGUGUUCAUAAAUUCCAUAUAAGGCAAACAGUCUCGAAAACCAUGAGUUUAACAGAAAUUUUACCAGGCAUGGGUGUAGAAUUUUCCCAGAUAUUUGACGGUGACAUUGAAUUUGGUUUUGAUCUUCAACGUCAUUUCAAGGUCAAUUCCAUUUUUUAGAUGACAUCUGAAAUCGGAAGUUUUUACGUUUCGUGAGUCCUUGACCUUCAAAGGUCGUGGUCAAUAAAAUAUCUCUGAAAGAAGCAUCAGCUUUUCUAUUUUAUUUUUUUAAAUGAGACCUUAUAAUUUUGACAAUGGAUAGAGCGGAAAAUUUUACGUUCAAAGGAGUCCUUGAUACCCAAAAACGUUUGACUUUUGGUAAUGACCAACCUAUCAGUAAUUCUCAUUUUAAAAAAUGGAAUUUACCUCCACCAUUAAGGAAACAUCUUUGGUAGAAUUUGUUUUAGAAUCAUGGUUUUUGAGAUAAUUUGCCAUAUUCUAUUAAACUUGAUGUGCCUUAAAACCUCACAGGUAAAUUGCAAGACCGUGUUAUGUAUCAGACGAUCUGCGAAGAAAAAAUUUAUAUAUGUCCAACGUGCUAGUCGCACCUUGAAACAGUUUAAAUGAAAUUAUGAAUAUUUUUCAUAAUCUGCAGAGUAAUGAAAAGUGGAUUUUUUAGUUCGUUUGAUUUACCGAGUAAUAGACUGUAUUAGUAGAUACAUUAUGUUGAAAUUUUUGUUAUAGGGCGCUAGGAAUAAAUACUAAAAGUAUUUGUAUCCUACUUUUAAAUAUACGCAGAUGGUUGUCUGUUAUAAAAAAUGUUUACUGUUAAAAAUCGUAUUUCAUAUACCAAGUUGCUGUUAUAUACUGAGCCUCAACUUUGAGCGCAUCUGAUUACUGCUGAUAUGAAAUAUAUUUUAAUUUUGUGACUGUAUUUCUUCGGGCCGCAGCUGUCUUCUUCAGAACAAACUUGUCUUAAUUGUUCAGCUUUUGCUCCACUGAAAAAAACACAUAUGAUGCUCUAUUCUUUCACGCUUUUUUACAGCAAUCGACUCCUGAACUCUUUCUCGGCAUUUUUUCAUCAUGAUCAGAAGUGAAAUACAGUUAAUGAUAAACAACGAUGAGCUUGAUAUUAUGCAAGUUUUUUUUGACAUACCAUGGUUGCCUUAUUUUUAUCCUAUCAUGCAUAUCAACAAGAAUGUUGCAAUAUUUUACACUAAGAACAACCUUAUGUUAAUAUUUCUGUAGAUAUUUCUACAUUGUGCAUUAUGUAGACUGUAUUUUCGUAAAACGUAAAUGUAAAUUGAAAUCAAAAAUAUAUUUUAGUAACAAAAGCAAUAUA